AUGUCAGACGUCAAGCUCAAAAUCCCGAUCUCCGAAGAUCAACCCAAACCAAUAAUAGGAGUUCGGUACUACCAGUUCCUACUUAUGUUUAUCACCCUCAUUAUCUGCUUCGUGAUGCGCACGGUCCUAUCAGUGGCUAUUAUAUCAAUGACCGCAAAAACACCCCCCGACCCGAGCAUACCAACGUACCCGGAAUGGGACAACACCGACGUAAUCCUGUCGUCGUUCUUUUGGGGCUACAUCCUGCCACAAGUUGGUGCAGGCCAACUCAGCGAGUACUUUGGCCCAAAAUGGUUCCUGUGUGGUACCAUGACCAUCGGAUCCGUUUUCAAUAUAGCCAUACCACCGAUGGCAGCCGCUUUUGGUUCCACAGGAGUAAUCAUCUGUCGCGUGAUUCAAGGUUUAAACCAAGGUUUUCUAUAUCCUUCGCUCCACAAUCUGAUAAGUCAGUGGUCACCGAUCGCCGAAAGGGCAAGAGUUUCGAAUGUUGUGUAUGCCGGAUCUAGUUUGGGUAUAGCUAUUGCUAUGCCCCUAACUGGGGCAAUUGCUGCGUCUGAGCUGGGAUGGCCCACAGCGUUCUAUGGGAUUGGAGGUGCUGGGGUAGCAUGGGCUUUGAUUUUUGCAAUAUUUGCAGAAAAUUCGCCUACUUGUCACAAAAAAAUAUCAAAGGAAGAGUUGAUGUAUAUCCAAGAGAACAAUGGCGUGAAAUAUAGUACUACGAAGAAAGUACCGACACCAUGGAGGAGUAUUUUGACGUCGCUACCCAUGUGGGCUAUUUUAAUAGCCGCCUGUGCCCAAGCUUGGGGUGGUUUCACUUUACUCACAGAAAUACCGAGUUAUAUGGACGGUAUUAUGAACUUUGACAUAGAAUCGAAUAGUCUUCUGUCGGCUGUACCAUACGUGGGUCAAAUUUUCACAGGCAUUGCCGUGUCUCCACUAGCCGAUAAGCUAAUCAUAAAUCAAGUAUUCAGUACCACCACAACGAGAAAAAUUUUUAGUGGACUGGGUAGUUUUGUUCCAGCUUUGGCCUUAACGUGGCUCGCUUUUAUCGAUGGUGCCGAACAAGAACUAGCUUUGGUACUUCUAGUGGUGGCCGUUGCUUGUACAUCUUUCGUGGUUUCUGGUUUUCUUAUUAAUAUUAUUGACUCUGCACCUAACCACGCUGGUACCAUUCUGGGUUUAGUGAAUGGUACUUCUAAUAUUUUUUCUAUUUUGGGACCUUUGACUGUGGGUCUGCUUGGCAGUGACAAGACAGAUCCGAUUCUGUGGAGGAAAGUAUUUCUUUUAGCAGCUGGAAUUUACGUUGCUUGUACCGGCUUUUACGUGAUUUUUGGCUCGGCUGAGUUGCAACCGUGGAACGACAUAGAGGAUGAAGCAUCUCAAGAAGGUACUAAAGAGGAAAAAAAUGGAUCUGUUUAG